CACAACUUCUCACACUUUCUGCCUCAAACAUACCCUAUACUUUCUCACUUCAUAACUCAAUCUCUUUCAUGCAUCAUAACAUAUUUUACAAACAAAACUUUAGCUUCAACUUCCAAACACAACACAUAAACAACAAAAUUAAAAAAAAAAUUAAAAAAAAUUAAAAUUUCCCUAGGACGAAUGGAAGGCACAUCCAACUUUUUCCAAACUACCUUUUGCCAACAACAACUCUCUUCCGACAACAACCAAACAAAUAACACCACUUCUACCACCACCACCGCCGACCAAUUCAUCGUUGAGGACCUCCUUAACCUCUCCAACGACGAUGUUAUCAUCGCCGAAACCAAUCUAGACGCUGCCAUCGGAACCUCGACCAACUCCUCCACCAUCAUCAAUAGCUGCAACUCAUCAUUUUCCGGGUGUGACCACAAUCUCGUACAUGAUAUUGGUGGCCACAAUCUUUCUGAUUGUCAUUUCUCCGGAGACCUCUGUGUUCCGAAUGACGAUUUAGCGGAGUUGGAAUGGCUUUCAAAUUUUGUGGAGGAAUCAUUUUCAAGUGAAGAUCUCCAAAAGUUGCAACUAAUUUCCGGCAAGAAAGUGGGAAGCAAGGACGAAGAGGUCCACGAGUUCUCCCAACCCAACCGAAACAACCCGAUAUUUAACAAAGAAGUGUCAGUUCCAGCUAAGGCUCGUAGCAAGAGAACUCGUGGCCCCCCAUGCGAUUGGAGCUCGCGUCUCCUUGUUUUGUCUGAGACUGCGUCGUCUUCUUCUGAGUCUGAACUCCUUAUUCCAACUCCAACCUUACCAUCUACCACAGUUCUCCCAAAGAAGCAGAAGACUGCUUCUAGAAGAAAGGACAAUGGUGACGGAGGUUCAGGAGGAGAUGGUCGUAGGUGUCUACAUUGUGCAACUGAUAAGACGCCACAAUGGCGAACUGGGCCUAAAGGCCCAAAAACAUUAUGUAAUGCAUGUGGUGUGAGAUAUAAGUCAGGUCGAUUGGUACCUGAAUACAGGCCCGCAGCAAGUCCAACUUUUGUGCUCACAAAACACUCCAAUUCACAUCGUAAGGUGUUGGAGCUACGGAGACAAAAGGAAAUGGUGCGGGCCCACCAGCAUCAUCAACACCAAUUUUUACACCAUCAAAAUAUGAUUUUUGAUAUUUCCAACAGUGACGAAUACUUGAUUCACCAACCUGUGGGCCCUGAUUUCAGACAACUGAUCUAGUAGGUGCUAGUUUAGGAUAGCUAUUCAGGAGCACAUAAUUAAUUGAUUUUUUUAGCAACUUCUUAAUUUGUUUUCCAACAUAAAAUUUUGUUGGUGCUUAUACCAUGUUUUUUCUUAACUCAAAAUUUGAGUUUAUGUAGACUGUGGUCUAUAAUUUUAUUUUAUGAAUAAAAGGGGCAAGCCCAAAAAGGAAAACCAAAAC